AACCAACUCAGCUAAUAUGCUUCAUGGGAUCCUGAUUUAAAGAGAGACUGUGAAAGAAACAGAAUCAGAUAUGUCGAUAAUCAAGGUCCUACUGGCGGACACCUUCUCCAUCUCCCUCUUCCUCGUCUGCACCGCAGUGCUCUUCUUCAUCUUCCUUUUAAAAUCUUCGACUAAGUCCAGCGGCUACAAGUUCCCCCCGGGACCCAAACCCUGGCCCCUCAUUGGCAACCUCAACAUUCUCAAUAUGAACUUCCCUCAGAAAACCAUGUGCGAGCUAGCAGAGCAGUACGGGCCAGUGUUCACCUUCCACAUGGGUAUGAAGAAGUACGUUGUUCUGACUGGAUAUGAAGCUGUGAAGGAGGCCCUGGUGACCCAGGCAGAUGACUUUGGGGAGAGGGGCUUGAAUGCAAUGAAUAGCCACAAUUUCCAGGGCAAGGGCAUCUUAUUUGGCGUGGGUGAGUCAUGGAAGACCAUGCGCCGCUUCACACUGUCCACUCUACGGGACUUUGGAAUGGGCCGCAGCACUAUCGAGGACCGCAUCAUAGACGAGGCACAGCUGCUGCUGGAAGUCUUUGCACAACACCAGGGCAAGCCUUUCGACGUCACUACACCCAUGAACUCUGCCGUUUCCAACAUUAUCUGCGUGCUGGUGUUCGGUAAUCGUUUUCAGUAUGACGACGCGCAGUUCCUUCGUCUGCAGCAGCUGGUCAGUGAGAACGUCCGACUGGCAGUCAGCCCUAUGUCACAGAUAUAUAAUGCAUUCCCUGUACCAAUAUUCCGGAUAGGUGAUAUCAGAAAGAUGGGGAAGAACAAAAUAGAGAGCAGCUCUUACUUCAGAAAAGUGUACAAGCAGCGCAAAGAAGAACACGACAGCAACGACGUGAGGAGCUUCAUCGACCGCUUCAUCGCCAAGCAAAAUGAGGAGCACAAGAACCCCCACACUUUUUUUGAAGAGGAGAACAUGGUGCUGACUGUAGCGAACCUGUUUGGUGCAGGAACAGAGACCACAUCCACCACCCUCCGUUGGGGUCUCCUGUUCAUGAUGAAGUACCCCCAUAUUCAGGAGAAGGUACAGGCUGAGAUAGAGAACGUGAUUGGCAGAGAGCGCCCCCCGCGGAUCGAUGACCGCAAGCGCAUGCCAUACACAGACGCGGUGGUGCACGAGACCCAGCGCUUCGGGAAUAUAGUUCCAAAUAACCUGCUCCACGAGACGAGAACGGACACCACCUUCAGGGGCUACCACAUCCCAAAGGGCACCCCGGUCAUUCCAUUACUCACCUCUGUGCUGUAUGAUAAGACGCAGUGGCAGACACCACACCAGUUCAACCCCGGACACUUCCUGGACGCAGAGGGCCGCUUUGUUAAGAACGAUGCUUUCAUGCCCUUCUCGGCCGGGCGGAGAAUAUGCGUUGGGGAGACCCUGGCCAAGAUGGAGCUUUUCCUCUUCUUCACCAGCUUCCUACAGAGAUUCACAUUCAAACCCCCUCCAGGUGUCUUGCCUGAGGAUUUGGACAUUUCGCCAUGUCCAGGGCUGACCUCUUCACCUGUACCCUAUAAGCUCUGCGCCAUCAGCCGCUGACACUCAACACUUCAACACUCUGGAACAGAAAGACUGCGGCUGAAUGGGAGCGUGAAUGUGAAGUGCACAGCUUAUUGUCACAUGGCCAGCUCCACAGAGUCAGAGUCCCACUCACACACACACACACACACACCCAGAGUCCCACUCACACACACA